GAAGACACAACAAAACAAGCAACCAAACCUUUCCUUCAUCCAUCCAGGGAGAAAGAGCAAGAUGAAGAGUAUGGCCAAACUUCGAAGCAACACAGAGCAACUGCUGACAUCUUUAUCAGACACUCUCCCAUCCCUGGCCCAGAGUAACCAGCACAGGAUCCCAGAAACCAGUGUUGGGAAUCUUUUACUGGAAGACAAAUGGGACUGUUCAAAGACUGGUGCAGAAUGGAACAAUGGAGAACAAAGCUGGAAUGCAAGGCCCAAGCACAAACCUGAGGGCAAAGAGUCAUACUCAUUGACAGUGCUCAGUGAUGUCUCCUUGCCUCCUGACACACCUACAACUCCCAUCUCUAUUGAUGACCUCUCUCUAGUCUCACCCAGCAUCAGCAUCUGUAAUCAGCCUCUUUCCACUGGUCGGCCAUCCAAAACUCCCCAGCUCUCUGUCAAGGCCCUUAAGAGAUGGUUGAGCAGCCCAGUUCGAAAGCUGAGUCUGGGAGGAUGUGGCAAGAGCUCAAAGGUUACUCAGAGCCCAGAAGCGUCAGCCAACAUGUUCUUCCCUCUUUUAUCUACCCAAAGCUCAAUGAGUCCAGCUGUGAAGUCCAAAGAGCUGCCUCGCUCCAACAGAUCUCUGGACUGUAGUGAACUUUCAGGACCAACAUCUCCUGAUAGUCCCUAUUACACCAGUUACCUCAAAGAUCUACUGCAGAGCCAUCACUCUUAUAAUAUGCUUCCUGGGAAGAGUGGCUCCUUUGUGACUGAUGAGGCAAAUGUCCAAUCACAGGACCAAGAAGAAAAUAAAGAGGAGAGAAGAGCUGCAUUGGAGAAAAGCAUCUAUGUGCUGACAGAGCUGGUAGAGACGGAGAAGCUCUAUGUGGAGGAUCUGAGGCUGGUAGUUGAGGGUUAUAUGGCCACAAUGAACAGUGUUGGUGUUCCUGAAUAUUUGGAGGGGAAGGAUAAAAUUGUAUUUGGGAAUAUUCAUCAGAUUUAUGACUGGCACAAAGACUUCUUCCUUGGUGAGUUGGAAAAAUGUGUGUCUGAACCUGACCUGUUGGCACAACUCUUUAUCAAACAUGAGCGGCGGCUCAACAUGUAUGUGGUCUACUGUCAGAACAUGCCAAAGUCAGAGCACAUCGUUUCAGAGUACACUGAGACCUAUUUUGAGGAACUGAGACAACAGCUGGGUCACAGACUGCAGUUAAAUGACCUGCUCAUCAAACCAGUCCAAAGAAUAAUGAAAUAUCAGCUGCUGCUAAAGGACUUCUUGAAGUACUACACUAAAGCAGGCAGACAAACAGAAGAGAUUCAGAGGGCAGUGGAGGUGAUGUGUUUUGUUCCAAAGCAAUGUAAUGACAUGAUGAAUGUUGGAAGACUACAGGGUUUUGAGGGCCAGUUGAGGGCACAAGGGAAACUACUGCAGCAGGACACCUUCAUUGAGAAUAAGAACAGCAUCCUCUCCCGUCCCAAAGAGAGACGGGUCUUCCUCUUUGAGCAGCUUGUCAUCCUCAGUGAGCCAAUCGCCCACAAGAAAGGCUUUUCCCUGCAAGGAUACAUCUAUAAAAACAGCAUCAAGGCCCGUUGUUUGGGCAUUGAGGAUCGUUGCCCUGACAACCCAUGUCGGAUUGUAUUGACGUCUCGAAAUGUUGAUGGAAGCAUGCACCGGUUUGUUCUUUAUGCAUCAUCACCAGAAAUAAGACUAUCCUGGGCAAAUGACAUCAUACAGAUUCUGGAGACACAGUGGAACUUCUUAAAUGCCUUGCAGUCUCCUAUUGAAUACCAGAGGCAAGAAAUUAAAUACCUUAGUCUGGGAAAGAACAUGACAACAUCACCUUCACUGAACUCUAGCCUUCGACCCAAUAACUCUGCCUCCAUAGACCGACAGCAUCUCCCCUGCCUGCACUCCUGGAAUUCUGCACAUCCCUCUGUACCUCACUGAAAGCUUUCUGUCUUUCCUGUGAAGGUACCUGCUCAUCUUCCUCUGCCAAUCUGAGCAGAAGCCUAACUACAGGAGAUAACGGAAACCUUAAUGCUAUUCCGGCCCAUUAUGUCCAAUUUAACUAAUUAACUAAUUAUUCCUCAGCCUGCCAUUUAAAUUUCUUAAUUCUGUAUCACACAAACCGUAUAUCUAUCCUAAUUGUCAGUUUCAUUUCAAUGGUACAAUUUUGACCCAGAUGCAAAAAAAAAUGAAAAUUUAAAAAAACGCUGUAAAAGUGAUCAUGUGCAGAUGUUUUCUUAAGGAGAUAUUUUGUCCUGAUCUGGCCCUUGUAUUGUUGUAACCUGAUGAUAUACUGUUUUUAGGUUGACUUGGUCAUAUUAAAUAAUUUAUUUGACUUGAAUAAAUACAUAUGAUCUAGAUGUUACCACAUGAAGUACAUUUUUAGAUUAACUGACAAAGCAUGUUUACAGUAUUUUUUUUACUCAGUUUUAACUUAAAAGGAAUUUAAGCUAAUGGGUUGUGGGUUAACUGUCAUUGACAUGAUAUUAUUCACAUUAUUCAGUAUAUGCUUAGUUAUUGACAAUUAUGUAGAAUUUUGAUAUGUUGAACAGACUGGAAUUGUGAAUGGGGAGAUUUACUGUAUUCCUGUGUUUAUGCUACAUAAUGUGACCUAGAGGAAUAUUUUAGGUAUUUGGCAUGUCAAGUACUGUAACUUUCAAGUGUGUGUAUUUGAUCCUCUUGUAAAAAUAGAAGAUCUAUAUACACGCACUGAGUACUUUUUUGGGAACAUUGUGGUACAUCUUCUGCUGUUGUAGCCCAUCCGCCUCCAGGUUUGACGUUUUGUGCAUUCUGAGAUGCUAUUCAACUCACUAUAAUUUUACAGAGUGGUAAUCUGAGUUACUGUAGUGAUUCUGUCAGCUCAGACCAUUCUGGCCAUUCUCCAAGACCUCUCUCAUCAAGGCUUUUCCAUCUGCAGAACUGCUGCUCACUGGGUGUUUAUUGUUUUUGGCACCAUUCUGAGUAAAUUCUAGAGACUGUUGUGCAUAAAAAUCCCAGGAGAUCAGCAGUUACAGAAAUACUCAAACCAGCCCAUCUUUCGCCAACAAUCCUGCCACAGUUGAAAUCACUGAGAUCACAUUUUUUCCCCAUUCUGAUGGUUGAUGUGAACAUUAACUUAAGCUCCUGACCAGUAUAUACUUUAUUUUAUGCAUUGCACUGCUGCCACAUGAUUGGCUGAUUAGAUAAUCACAUGAAUAAGUAGGUGCACAGG